GGCGGUUCCAGGCAACGCAAUUCUUCGACACCGAAGAUAAAGGUUUUCUACGCCAACAUCAUAACGAGGUCACAUCUUCCUCUCUCAGUCAUUCUAUCCAACACUUUCAUCGUCACUGACUGAACUCCUUCCCUCACAAAUUCCAUGUUGCGAAGAUCGAUUCUGAAUUUAUCGUCUCGAAGGUCCGUUGGGAGGAUCCCCCGCCAGAUUGCAUCUCAGCAAAUACCCCCAUUUACCUCUUUUCAGAGAGACUUUUCAACUCCCUCCAAGAAAAAUGCAUCCCCAAGACCUGGGACAUCUAGCAAUCCCCCUGAAUAUGGGGGGGAUUCUCCAAAUAUUUUCCUUCGACAUCCUAUAGUUGGUGCAGCUGCUGGUGUAGUUAUUGCUACUGCCUUGGCAACUUACCAAUUUGGCUUCUUAGACCAAUAUCUUCAUAAAGAGAAUCACAUUAAGCUUGAGCCGGCUAAUUUGGGUGUUGAUCAUGAAAAUGCUAAGGAAGCCCAAGAUUUAACUGAAGCAGUGUCCCUAACUGGGGAAGACCUCAACAGGAUAAGUCCUGAGACAGACCAUCCUGAACUGAAAGUUGAAACUCAUACAGAUCUACCUCAUCAUGAAACUGAUCCUCAAAUCAAAACUGAUGGGGAUCUCCCUCAUCCUGAAGCUUCAAGUGAAAGAAAAGGCGGAGAGAGCACUCAUGUGCAAGAUAAAUCAGAUGUAAAGAACGGAGAUCGCAUAGUCCAUGAUCAGGAUAAAGAAUUCCCAGAACACUCUCACAGCAAUGUUGUCUCUAAUGAUCAAGGUGUAGAUUCAGUACCACAUGGAGGAAAUAUUGACGUGGAAAGCUCAGAAUCAAAAACUAGUUUGGGGUCAAAUGAGGAUGUUCAAGUUCCAUCACUUCAUAAUGGGGCUAGCGCAGCUUCGGAAACGGAUGAGGCGAAGACAAUGCCACCACCGCAGAUUACUGCUGAAGACAGACAAGAGAAUGCACUAAAUGAGAGCAUAGAACCCCCAAGUUCUCUCCUAGAUGCAUAUCGUUUGAGAGAGAAGGCUGAUGAAAGCACCACAAUUUCUCUGAAUGAACAGGGUACUGGUGAAUACAAGCAUCUUCCACAAGAAGGAGAGGCCUUCGUUAGUGCUACAAAGGACAUGAAUGAUGGUUACAUAUCCAAGGAUGGGAAAUUGGUUCUUGAUUUUUUGCAGGCCAUUCAUGCUGCUGAAGAAAGGCAAGCGGAGAUGGAUGCACGUGCUUUUGCUGAAGAGAAACGAGCUUUAAAGGAGAAGUAUGAGAGGGAAUUAAGGGAUUCCAGAGCAAGGGAACUUAUGCGUAUGGAAGAGACAGCACUUUUGGAAAAGGAACUAAAAAGAGAAAAAAUGAAAGCAGUAGCUGCUAUCAAGUCACUUCAAGAGAAGAUGGAAGAGCAACGCAAGAAGGAACUAGAACAGAAGGAAAGUGAAGCGGAAUUGAAGUUGAAGGAACUUCAGGAGUUGGCAAAAGCAGAAUUGGCUGCUGCAAUUACAAGUGAGAAAGCAGCACAGAUUGAAAGAAUGGCGGAAGCAAAUCUCAAUAUAAAUGCCUUGUGCAUGGCAUUCUACGCGCGAUCUGAAGAGGCUCGUCAGAGUCACUCUGUGCACAAGCUUGCUUUGGCAACACUUGCUCUGGAUGAUGCGCUUUCGAAAGGACUACCAAUUCAGAGGGAAGUAAAUUCUUUGCACACCUAUCUAGAGGGUGUUGACAGAGACUCAAUUUUAGAUUUGGUAUUGUCAUCCCUUCCUGAAGAAAUGCAGCAAUGUGGCACUGAUACGAUACUUCAGUUGAACCGUAAGUUCAACGACUUGAAAGGGAUGCUACAGCACUUCAGCCUAAUUCCACCAGGUGGCGGCGGCAUCUUGGCACAUUCGUUAGCGCAUAUUGCAUCAUGGUUAAAGGUUAGGGAAGUUGACCAAUCUGGUGAUGGAAUUGAAUCCGUUAUCAAUAGAGUUGAGAGUUACUUAACUGAGGGAAAACUGGCUGAAGCAGCUGAUGCCCUUGAAGAAGGUGUCAAAGGCAGCCAAGCCGAGGAAAUAGUAGGUGAUUGGGUGAGGCGAGUAAGGAAUAGAGCAAUCGCAGAGCAAGCUCUAACGUUGCUCCAAUCUUAUGCUACUUGCAUCAGCCUUACUUGAAUCUUCACCAUCAAAUUUUUUUGACUGGACUCAUUGCUUGGUACGGAUCUAUAUCUUAAUGAUACUGAACUCCUUUAGUGGUUGAAACUGCAAAACCUGUCGGACUUUUCUGAAUGAUACCCAUAGACCAGUUAAGGUAAAAUUCAUGUUUCCCUUUGAGCAGCUUGAGUUGAGACGGAUGAUCACGGGCCACUUUUGUUGGGUAUUAUAUGUUGUUCAUAACCCUGAGAAUAAGUUCGAGUUAUUUUUGUCAUAAGCAAAUCCAUAGUUGCAAUUCCUUGAAAUAGUAUUGUGAUAGGAAAAGGCAGGAGUCCUGAUUUCCCAUCGGCCUUACCUGACCUGGAUAAUCAUUGGGGGAUCGCUGAAUACCUGUAGUGGCAUGCUGUGACAUUUUAUACUUGGCAUAUUUUAAGAUGAUUGCCUGGA